GAAUCUAGAGCACGCUACCCUUUUUCCGUUGCUAUGGAUGCAGCGGCGCGCGGGUGACGUUGUGGUCGCCCCGUGUGAUGACGUGCGCUGGCGGGAGGAAGAUGGCGGCGCUGUGUGUCGGGGUGCGGAUGAUGGAGGCGGCGGUGACCGGGCUGCUGGAGCAGGAUCUGACGGAAGGGGAGCUGCGGGAGACGGUCCUGGGGCUCCGGGAGCACGGCGCGCUGCGGGGGGAGGGUUCGUCAGCGUCUCUUUCCUGCAUCCUCAGGAACUGUAACUCGCGGCUGCUGUCUCCUGCCUCGCGGGUUGAGGGAUUAUCCCUCCUGUCUCUGGUUGUGGAAGAGUCCCCCACAGACGUGUUUCAGCAGCACUGCGUCUCCUGGAUCCGCAACGUCCUGCAAGUCAUACAGUCCCAGGACCCUCCCAGGGUGAUCAGCCUGGCAGUGUUUGUGGUACGCUCCCUCCUCGCCCAUUCCUCUGCAUUGCCUGAGUUAUCCCGGGAAAUCUCCACCAAUCACAUUCCAGGACUGCUCACUUCCCUCCUGGGCCUCAGACGCCAGUGUCUGAUUCCUGCACUGGAAGGAAUCCGGUCCUGCCUGAUCUCUUAUCCUCGGGCUUGUGGCUCCCUGCGGGGGAAGCUCACUGCGUUCUUCCUGAGUCUCCUGGAUGAGGAAAAUGUACAAGUUCAGGAGCUGGCCUGCCAAUGCUUCUCCCUCCUCCCGUCGCUGGGUUCGGGCUUCUCGCAGGGGGUCAAGCACACAGAAAACUGGGAACGACAGAUGCAGAGCGUCCUGUGUUCUCUACACGCAGUCUUCCAGCAGCUGUACGAGACGGCGGAGACCGAUCCCGCCCACUACGAGGGUCCUGGGACGGAGCUGGAGCUGGCAGCCCUGGAGGAUGAUGGGGCUUCUAGUUUCCUGCAGCUGGUGAGAAGGUUCUCCGCGCUGGGACAAUGUGUGCGCCUGCUAGUAAGGGAGCAGUUCCCAGCACCGGUGCGGGUUCCAGUGUCCGACAUCCUCAAUUUGGUCUGCCGAGUGGCUAACUUGAACGCAAAGAACUUGAGCUGGCAGGGAGAGGAGUCUCUGCAGCUGCUGCUUCUCCCGCAGAUCCAUAAGAGCGCCCUGGAGAUCCUGGAGUCCACAAUCCUAGCGUGUGGUCCUCGUCUCCUGCCAUUCUCCACUGUGAUCUGCAGAUUAUUUCCCCAACUUCUCAGCUCCUGGGCGUCUGCGAGAGGUGCAGGUGGGGUGCUAGCUGGGCAGGAGAGGCCCUACAGCUCGCUUCGGGCGCUGGUGUAUCGUACGCUAGAACGAUGGGUGACGGUGUGCGGGGGUUCUUCCGGAAUCUUACAGGGGAUGUCCCACCAUUCUGACAUCUUAUUGGCCCAUCUGAUGAGCGACAUCACUCCCCCGACGGACAGCUUAAAGAUAUCUGGGUUUGUGCAGAUUGGAGCCAAGAAACAGAAAGUGUCAGAGGUUGGGAAUGGUGAUUUUCAGAGCCACCGGAAGAGAGAAGCCACUGCCAACACCGAGCUCUGUACUGCAGCCCUGCGUGCGCUGUGCGCCAUUGUACUGUAUGGAGGAUCAUUAAUCAAAGACGACACGCAUCGGCGUCUGCAGGAGCUCUCUAUUCCCCUGCUCAUCCGUCUCCAGCAAGGUUCUGACCAAUGGGUCGGCCCGUACGCCAACAGUGACUGUCGGAAGCAACUUUAUCGGCUACUGCUGUCCCUGACAUUGACUCCCAGCCCCCGACUCGCUGCCCCUCUGCACUGUGCAGUAAGGAUCUUCAGAGUUGGGAUGACGGAGGAGAGUUUGCAGGUCUCGAUGUUCUGCACGGAGGCCCUUGCCAUUUGCAGAGUUAUCAUUCAUCCCCGUGUGCCCACUCUCCAACGCCCCCUUCCACAACAUGGGCCCCGUCCCCCUCUGCAGGCUGAUGUGCCAACCCAGCGACUCCCUGCUCCACUGACAUUCCCUGCCCCAUCUCUAGCAAAUCAUCUUUCCGCCAGGACCACAGUUUCUCUACAGCCAAUGGAGCCUCCAGUUGCCACACCUGUGCCCUCACAGCUGGAGACUUUUGGUGGAAAGACGCCACGACCAGUCUUCAUCCACUACGAGAAAGAAGAGGCCUCCGACGUGGAGAUCUCUUUGGAGAGUGACUCGGAUGACAGCGUAGUAAUUGUACCUGAAGGUCUCCUACAAAAGCCUGCACCUAAACCUGAGCCUUCUCCACCCUCUGUCAAACCUCCGCUCGAAGAGGCAAUGGAGCUUCCCGCUCCAGCUGUUGCUUCACCACCCACUGCAGCUGUGCUGUCACCGCCACCUCCUGCCUGCCCUGGUCCCUCCCCUGGGCCAGCACAACUGCCAGUUGUUGCUGAAUUGCCCCCUCCUCCACCAGAAGGUGACAUGGUAAUUAACAUCAAUAGCACCGACGAAGAAGAGGAGGAGGAGGAGGAGGAUGAUGAGGAAGAAGAGAUGUUUGAUGAGGACGAGGAUGAAUUUUAUGAUGAGGACGAAGAAGACUUAGAGGGGAUGGAUGAGGAGGAAGAAGACUACUAUGAUGAAGAGGAAUGUCUAACAGAAGAGGAGGAAGAUGAGGAGGACCUGGAGGGUGAAGAAGAGGAAGAGGAGGGAGAGGAAGAAGAGGGUUUAAUACAUGAAGACAUGCAAAUUACUCCUGACUUGAAGGCAAUGCAUGAUGCCGUGGAGGCAAUGCAUGAAGAGCAUAAACCAGUAAUGCAUGAGGCAGAGCCAGAGGAGGGUCCCCCACGUCUGUCACCUGUUGAGGAGGAGAGUUGCGAUACGGGUCUGCUGAUGUUGGUGGAAAGUGAAGAACGGGAGGCUCAAGAAGAAGUUUCUGAGGACAGGGACCCAGAGGACGAGGUCAUAAACAGCCCACCCCCACCUCCACCCCCUGUGCUGACGCCGCCAGCCUCUUCUCCAAUUCCCGCUCAGGAAGAGGAGAGUGCGGCGCCAGAGUCUGAACCUUUGCCAGAGCCUGAAUCGCCUGUGGUCUCUGAAGAGCCAGCGAAGAAGGAGGAAGAGCAUAAAAGGCCUGAGGUGGUGGGGGAGGAAGAAGAGGAGGUCCUUGAGGAAUCGGAGGAAGAAAUGCGUGACGCAGAGUCCAUGUUGGCAGACUUUAACGACUGUCCUCCGGAUGAUGACAAAGUCCCGGAACCUGUCACGUGACCCGCUACGUUCCCAAAGCCCUGGAUCCUUCAGUUCCUCUCAUGACCCAUUUUGUAUUUAAAAAAAGUGCCCUCUACCGAGACGCAAUCCCUCCAGAAAUACACGACCGCGUCCCGUAAAAACGUACUGCGUUCCACCUCUCCACAGUGGACUUUUCUACCGUGUAGUCUUUGCCGAAAAAGUGUACCGCCACCUUCUCGUACAUAUGGUUUUUUUAACUAUUUAGUUCACUUUUUUUUUUUUUUAAGCAAAAGUCCAUUUCCUCGUUUCAGUUUUGGCUCCAAACUUGAGAUGUUUUUUUGGUUGUUGGUAAAAUGUGUGAAUUUUCGAAGGAGAAUUGUUUUUUUUUUUUUUUUUUUUUUUCUUGUACUGUGUGAAUAUAUGAUCUUUGACCUUAUAUUGUAAUGCACUGAUUCGCCUGUCCCUGCCACACAAAUUGUAGCACUUCAACAAGCACAUCAUAUGCAUCAGCUAGUUUAGGUGACUGGUAAUGCUUAAAAAAUUUUUAAAAAAACCACCCACUGACAGCAAUUUGGGAGUCUUAACCAGCAGUUUUCUACCCAGCGUUUCAAUAUUUUAUCAUUAUAUUGCAAAAAAUCUCGAAAAAUGGGUAGGAAACUACCCACCUGGGCCAAAAUGGGUUAAGCAGCCUUCAACCAGUCCUAUUAGGUCCUCAAGGCUUGGUGAUGUCACUAGUGUUUAAUAAGUUGCUAGGCAACACUCACAUGCAUACUGCAGGUGCACAAAAUGGCUGCCUACCCUCUUGAGCUUCGGUUACCCAACGGUCAUAUCAAAGUACCGGCGGCAUUGUUUGUGAGAAGUCACACAAUGCCCUGACUGUUGCUCGUUGUGUAUACCAUGCUACAUGACGGUAUAUUACCUCCCCAUAAUACGGUUUCCACAAGCCAAUAAUAAGUGGCUGCUCUGGGCACACGCAUGUGUCCCAAGUGUUACAUACUCGCAUGUGAUGAUGAUGAUGUCUGAUAUUUUUGUUUUGGUGACUAUUUUCACAAUAAAAUUGGUAUUUGGCA